UUAUUAACUGGUUGCUCUAUCUAGAAUUUCUCUGCUUUAAUCCUUUUACCUUAUUGUUGGAGUGGUGUUUCUGAAAUGCCAGUAUGUCAUUUCCCUGCCUAAGGUACUUGCAAGUUAAUGUCCCCACCUCCUAUUUUUGCUUACAAAGAUCUUGGUCCUGCUUACCUUUUCAGACUUGAUGUCUGUCAGUCUGCCUGUUAUAUUUUGUGCCCUGCCUAUACGUGAUUUCUUCUCAUUUCCCAAAUAUGUCAUAUUUUCUUCUGCCUUUGUAUUUUUGGACUCAUUGCUCUUUCUGGGUGAAAUGCCUUUCCUUGUACCACCUUCUCUGCUUUGUAAAUUUCUCUCGUCUUUUACAUCUUACCUCAAACAUUACAUCUUCCUGACAGAAUUAGAAGUGACCUUUUCUUUCCUUCAGAAUGCUGUAUAUAUAAUUUUAUUAUCACUUACCACAUUGUAUUAUAACAUUUUGUGUAUAUGUCUUUGGGUCAUUAUAGGUUUUUAUCCCAUCCCACUCCCCUGCACCCUACUAUCUAAUUGUUACCUUCAUGAGAAGAGGAAUUAAAUCUAUUUAGUUUUUGUAUUACUAAUGCCUAGCAUAGUGUCUGACAUAUAGUAGCUGUUGAGAAAACGCUUGUUAAAUUAUUAAUAGAAAAUCUCAGACAAAAACAAAAAGGGGCUAGGAUUAAACCAAAUAAUUCUCCCCUAAAAAGGUAUGCAAAAUGAUAGCAUAAACUUGGCUGUUUUUAAAUUCUUUGUGAAUAUUUUCAGUAGAAUGAGUUUUUAUUUUUAUUUAAAGCAGGAAAGUUUGCAGAAAACAAUCUACAAGUUGGAAGAACAGCUACAUAAUGAAAUGCAAUUAAAAGAUGAAAUGGAGCAGAAGUGCAGAACUUCAAACAUAAAACUAGACAAGAUAAUGAAAGAAUUGGAUGAAGAGGGGAGUCAAAGAAGAAAUCUAGAAUCUACGGUGUCUCAGAUAGAAAAGGAGAAAAUGUUGUUACAGCAUAGAAUUAAUGAGUACCAGAGAAAAGCUGAACAGGAAAAUGAGAAGAGGAGGAAUGUAGAAAACGAAGUUUCUACAUUAAAGGAUCAGUUGGAAGACUUGAAGAAAUUAAGUCUGAAUUCACAGCUUGCUAAUGAGAAGUUGGCACAAUUACAAAAGCAGCUAGAAGAAGCCAAUGACUUACUUAGGACAGAAUCAGACACAGCUGCAAGAUUAAGGAAGAGUCACACAGAGAUGAGCAAGUCAAUUAGUCAGCUAGAGUCCCUGAACAGAGAAUUGCAAGAGAGAAAUAGAAUUUUAGAGAAUUCCAAGACAGAAACGGACAAGGAUUAUUACCAGCUGCAAGCUGUGUUAGAAGCUGAACGAAGAGACAGAGGCCAUGAUUCUGAGAUGAUUGGAGACCUUCAAGCUCGAAUUACAUCUUUACAAGAGGAAGUGAAGCAUCUCAAACACAAUCUUGAAAGAAUGGAAGGAGAAAGAAAAGAAGCUCAAGACAUGCUUAAUCAUUCAGAAAAGGAAAAGAAUAAUUUAGAGAUAGAUUUAAACUACAAGCUUAAAUUGUUACAACAACGGUUAGAACAAGAAGUAAACGAACAUAAAGUAACCAAAGCUCGUUUAACUGACAAACAUCAGUCUAUUGAAGAAGCAAAGUCUGUUGCAAUGUGUGAGAUGGAAAAAAAGCUGAAGGAAGAAAGAGAGGCUCGAGAAAAGGCUGAAAAUAGGGUUGUUCAGAUUGAGAAACAGUGUUCUAUGCUCGAUGUUGAUCUAAAGCAGUCUCAGCAGAAGCUAGAGCAUAUGACUGAAAAUAAAGAAAGGAUGGAGGAUGAAGUUAAGAAUCUAGCCCUGCAACUGGAGCAGGAAUCAAAUAAGCGUCUGCUGUUACAAAGUGAAUUGAAGACACAAGCUUUUGAGGCAGACCAUUUAAAAGGUUUAGAGAAGCAGAUGAAACAGGAAAUAAAUACUUUAUUGGAAGCAAAGAGAUUAUUAGAAUUUGAGUUAGCUCAGCUUACAAAACAGUAUAGAGGAAAUGAAGGACAGAUGCGGGAGCUACAAGAUCAGCUUGAAGCUGAGCAGUAUUUCUCGACACUGUAUAAAACCCAGGUAAAGGAACUUAAAGAAGAAAUUGAAGAAAAAAACAGAGAAAAUUUAAAGAAAAUACAGGAACUGCAAAAUGAAAAAGAAGCUCUUGCUACUCAGUUGGAUCUAGCAGAAACAAAAGCUGAGUCUGAGCAGUUGGCUCGAGGGCUUCUGGAAGAACAGUAUUUUGAAUUGACCCAAGAAAGCAAGAAAGCCGCUUCAAGAAAUAGACAAGAGAUUACAGAUAAAGAUCACAUUGUUAGUCAGCUAGAAGAAAUGAACAGCAUGCUAACCAAAGAUAUUGAAUUAUUAAAAAAAGAAAAUGAAGAGCUAACUGAAAACAUGAGGAAGACAGAGGAAGAAUAUAAAUUGAAGAAGGAAGAGGAAAUCAGUAAUCUUAAGGCUGCCUUUGAAAAGAAUAUCAAUACAGAACGAACCCUCAAAACACAGGCUGUUAACAAGUUGGCAGAAAUAAUGAAUCGAAAAGAUUUUAAAAUUGAUAGAAAGAAAGCUAAUAUGCAAGAUUUAAGAAAGAAGGAAAAGGAAAAUCGAAAACUACAGCUGGAACUCAACCAAGAAAGAGAGAAAUUCAACCAGAUGGUAGUGAAACAUCAGAAGGAACUGAAUGACAUGCAGGCGCAAUUGGCAGAAGAAAGUACACAUAGGAAUGAACUUCAGAUGCAGUUGGCUAGCAAAGAGAGUGAUAUUGAGCAGUUGCGUGCUAAACUUUUAGACCUUUCGGAUUCCACAAGUGUUGCUAGUUUUCCUAGUGCUGAUGAAACUGACGGAAACCUUCCAGAGUCAAGAAUUGAAGGUUGGCUUUCAGUACCAAACAGAGGAAAUAUCAAACGAUACGGCUGGAAGAAACAGUAUGUUGUGGUAAGCAGCAAAAAAAUUUUGUUCUAUAAUGAUGAACAAGAAAAGGAACAAUCCAAUCCAUCUAUGGUAUUGGAUAUAGAUAAACUGUUUCAUGUUCGACCUGUAACCCAAGGGGAUGUGUACAGAGCUGAAACUGAAGAAAUUCCUAAAAUAUUCCAGAUAUUAUAUGCAAAUGAAGGUGAAUGUAGAAAAGAAGUAGAGAUGGAACCAGUACAACAAGCUGAAAAAGCCAAUUUUCAAAAUCACAAAGGUCAUGAGUUCAUCCCAACACUCUACCACUUCCCAGCCAACUGUGAGGCCUGUGCCAAACCUCUCUGGCAUGUUUUCAAGCCACCCCCUGCCCUGGAAUGUCGAAGAUGCCAUGUAAAGUGCCACAGAGACCAUUUAGAUAAGAAAGAGGACUUGAUUUCUCCCUGUAAAGUAAGUUAUGAUGUAACAUCAGCAAGAGAUAUGCUGCUGUUAGCAUGUUCUCAGGAUGAACAAAAGAAAUGGGUAACUCAUUUAGUAAAGAAGAUCCCUAAGAAUCCACCGUCCAGUUUUGUUCGCGCAUCCCCUCGAACACUUUCUACAAGAUCUGCUGCAAAUCAGUCUUUCAGAAAAGUGGUAAAAAAUACAUCUGGAAAAACUAGCAGUUAACCAUGUGUCCUUUGACUUGUGGAAUCUCCUGGCAUGCUACCUGAUAAACCAGCUUCUUUAAUCAUGCAGAGCAGACAGGCUGUUCCUUUGACACAAAUAUCACAGGCUUCAGGGUGAAGAUUGCUGUUCUUCUGUCCUUGCUUUGGCACAAAAGCACACUGAGGGUUUUUUUUAUUGCGGGUUUGCCUACAGGUAGAUUAGAUUAAUUAUUACUAUUUAAUGCAAGUACAAUUGGGGGAAAAGCUUAGCUAGAUAUAUAUAUUUUUUAAAGGUGCUGCCUUUUUUGAAUUUCUAAGAAAAUGCCUGUCAAUCAUGAUAGAACACAUUUUUCCUCAUAUGAGUGAGUGGAAGAGACUUAACUUUCAAGUGGAAUGGGCAUCACUAUCAGGAUCAGCUCAUGGAAGGAGUAAAGAAAAUAUCUCAAAAUGAGACAAACUGAAGUUUUUUUUUUUCCUUGUUGUUGAUGUUUUUUAAAUGACUUUAAGUUUUUGUGCUCUUGCAAGACUAUACAAACUAUUUUUAAAAAGCAGAGGCAUCACUUGAAGUUCAGUGCCCUCACUGUAGAAUUUAAAAGCCUUAUUGUUGAUUGCCCGUGGUGGACUUGAUGGAGAAAUUAAAUAUUUUAUUUACAUUAUGCUUUACAAAAUACUGUAUAUGUUUCAGCAAGUUUGUAGAUUGGGAAAUGGGAGAAGGCAAAAAAAAAAAAAUUACAUUUAAUCUAUGCAUUUUUGCCAAGCCAUAUUGAGUUAUUUUACUACUAGAGACAUUAGAAACUAACUGUACAAAAGAACCAAGUUUAAAAGCAUUUUGUGGGGUACAUCAUUUCUAUAAGUGUUUAAUGUAUUUCUUUGUGGUUUUAAGUGAUAAAGACAUUAAGUUAACAAACAUAUAAAAAAAAAUGUAUGCACUGUUUGAAAUGUAAAUUAUUCUUAGAACACUUUCAAUGGGAGUUGCAUUGCCCUUUUAGUGCCUUAAUUUGAGAGACUUGUUUUACUGCCAUGACUAAGUAUAGAAAUUUCAGAAAACAUAUUUUCAAAAAAAUUAUGUCUCAGUGGGUUUUUCAUUGAUGAUUGGUUUAAUUUAAAAUAUUUAGAGGUUUGUUGGACUUUCAUAAACUGAGUACAAUCUUUGCAUCAAACUACCUGCUACAACAAUGAAUGACUUUAUAAAACUGCAAAAAAUGUAGAAGGUUGCACCAAUAUAAAAGAAAAUUAUGGCAAUACAUCUGUGAUGUUUUCCAGUUAAAAUAGGAAUUAUCAGAUAAAUACUGUUAAACUCUUGUCUAGUAACAAGAGUUGAUUCAUAUGGGCAGUAUGAUUUAUUGUUUAUUUUUUUAACCAAAUACCUCCUCAGUAAUUUAUAAUGGCUUUGCAGUAAUGUGUAUCAAAUAAGAAGCACUGGAAAACUGAUUCGUCUCUAGGACGAUUUGCAUGUUUCAAGUGGUAUUGAAAGCCGCACUGAUGGAUAUGUAAUAAUAAACAUAUCUGUUAUUAAUA